AUGGGUGCUCAGCACGAGGAGUGUCAAUAUCCACUUGAAAGUAAUACUCAUUUCAAUAUGCAAGCAGAGGCUGCUAUACCCGAGGAUAUUUUGGACCAACAACAUAUAGAAGAUGUCGAUGCUUUUGACGCAGAAGAUAGUAUGCAAUAUGUUGGUGAAAGUGAUGUAGAUGGUUAUGCGGCUAUUGAACCCGAAGCUGAUAUUAUUCUUGCAGCGCAAAAGUUCAGCACUUCAGAAAGUAAUCGAGAAGAAGAAGAGGAAUAUCUAAAGCAAAAUAGCAAUGACAGCGGCAACAGCGGCGACAAUAACAAACGCAAUAACAACAAAAUCGUGCAUCUGAAGAAAAGUGUGGGAAAGCGAAACAACAAAUUGAAAAGCGAUGCAGACAAUAGUGAUAACAACAACAAUAAAUAUGACAGUGACAAUGGCAACGCAGCUGUCUACACCGAUCAAAUGGACGAACUGGAUGGGUUGGACGUUUCGGAUGAGGAGCCAUUGGCAUUGCCUAGCACGCGUGAAGCAAAAAGUUUUCGUUUGACGAAAGAUCCAAAAGAACAGCAAAAUGAGGGUUUAAUAGCAGAAGGCGAAGACAGUGAUGAGAAAGGGGUCAGGGACGUGACUGGACAACAUGUGCAACUUAUUGAAAAUUUAGUUGCGGAAAAAUUUAAUAAAGCGUCGGUACAAACAAUACAUAACGAGAAAAAAGCGAAAGAUACACAGUAUAGCUACAGCAACAACAACAAUAACAGCAGGAGCAACAUGAAUAAUAGCCACGACGAUGGUGAUGAUGAUGCUGCUGACGUGCAAGAUGAAAACAAUAAAAACAACGUCAUAAAUACAAGCAACAAUAUGAGUAAACAAGUAAACAAUAAAUCAGAAAUGGAGUACACCGACGGUAAUCAACUGGAGGAAAUAGCGAUCGGCGAUAUCGAGGACAAAUUUCGUAACGAAGAUGAAGAUGCUUUAGAGCAACAGCAACAGCUCGAGCAGGAACAUAAAAAUGCGGCAAGUCACGGAGGGAGACGUGGCGGAAGUGAACAGGUAGCACUAGCUGCCCUGAUGGAAAAAAAUGAUGAUGAAGAUGUGGAGCAAAGUGAAAAAUUUGUAGCUAAGAAAAUCAAACGACAUGAAAGAGCAGACAUUGCGAGCCAUGAUGAAAGUAAAAAUAAUAAAAAUCUCAACAGUGAUAACAACAGCAACAACCACAACAAGCACACGUACAAACGCCAUCACUAUGGGGAGCCACACAAGGAGAAUGAACAAUAUGGCAACACGUUCGCACAUAAGCCAGUAUCCGAGAAAGUUGUUAUGCCGAAAAAUCAACAACAUAAACAACAACAGCAACAAGAUGAAGGGAUAGAAGAAAAGCUCGAAGUUGCUGACAGCAAUGGCAGCAACGAUGAAAAGGGGCCACAAACCGAUUACUCAAUAACCUAUUUUGGCAUUUUAACAAACAGCUCGCAGAGACGCGAAGAAGAAGAAGAGAAAGAUUAUGUAAGGGAGCUGCCACUGAACGCCUCCGAAUAUUCAGCCAAAACAACAAACAACGUUGCGAAAAUUGCCAACAGCGAUGAUGCGGCUAAACUUGAAGUUGUGCAUGCAACAAGAAAUCAACAACAGCAGCAACAACAUAAACCGACAUAAACUGGCCGUGGGGAACCCUAUGCCACCCAUAUGUCAGCAUUUGAACACUACAAGGCACAACGCCGCAAUAGUCGGCGCUAUGGACAUAAAAUGUACAAGAAGAAAUACAAAGAUUACCUGAGCUAUGCAACAAUGUCCUCGUUGACAGCUAGAGCGAUGGGAAUUGCAAUUGAGGCCACAACAACAGCGGUGCCUGAAAUAUCAACAGCGUUGUCGGCUCAGGCAAAUGUGAUUGCAAUGAGUGCAGAGCACACAAUCAACUCGACACAAGCGAAAAUGACAAAUAACAACUACACCGAUUACUAUCGUAAACAAGAUCAGGAACAACAGCAACAACAACAGCAAUGGCAACGUCAACAUUUACAGCAAGAGCCCAUUUCUGUAAGAGCGCAAAAACAUGCUGAGAAGCUAAGAAAAUAUUCGAGAAAAAUUGAAGCGGAAAAAUCACGUAGAUUACCAGCAUCACCAAUAUUUGUUGUAGGCAAUCGAAAUGGUGGCGCGGUAGCUGCAACCAUAGAUAGCAGUAGUAGUCGGAGUGGAGAAGGCGCAAAUCCUUUCUAUGAAGGACAAAUAAACUACUACCUAGAAACAAGAGAUGAAGAGGAUACGGAGGAUACGGAGGGUACAGCAGCAACCGAGGCAAACAACAAGACCAUAGAUGGCAAUGGAGAGAGUAAAGAAAAUGCUGAUGUAGCGGUGGAAAAGCAACGAGAGGAGCGUUUGCGUGCGCAUGGAGGCAGCAUGGAGCGUAUGAUAGCAGCUGACAAUAGUAACUGGUAUCAGCGUGUAAGCCCAGUGCUGCGUAAUGGCAUUAAAGUCUUCAGCAAUGAAGGUAAACACCAGCGUGGGGAGGCGACAAGCAACCAAAAACAAAAUGUGCACAAACAGCAAAAGCAGCAGCAACAUGACGCACAGCACACACAUCAUUACGAGCGCAAUCACUACCAGCACCAACACCACCAUCACCAUCAACAUCAGCAUCAACAACAUCAUCGUCAGCACCCACACCCGCAUAUGCACGCAUAUAAACAACAACAGCAACACCAUGGCAUACAUCAACAUCGGCGUGGUGGUAGUGGCAAUCAUCACAAGCAUCGUAAACAUGGUAAACAUUAUCAAUCAACUGACACACGUCAACUGCAACAGCAACAACAUACAUCCAAUCCAUAUCAACGCAUAUUGCCGACAAGUCUACUCUCUCCACCAUCCCCACAUGCCUCAGCCACGCAAGCAGCAGUGGAAAUGGGCAUGGUGCAAACGCCCAUACCACCACCUUCAUACACAAAACAGCAUCAGCAACAGCAACAAACAGAAGCCGAAGCUGUUGGUAGUGGCGCGCAACAACUGGGCCAUCAGAUUACCGAAUUGGAGGAGUUAGAACGUUAUUACGCCAAAUGGCCACACUUAGCACGCGUGCAGUUCCAAGUAUAUGAUGAACAUUACCGCGAAGCACACCCCGAGCUAUAUCCAGAGAUGAAGGAUGACGCUGAGGAUGCUGAUGAAGACUAUGACGAUGACUAUGAGAGCGCUGCUGAGUUAGAGGAGGCACAAAAUGGUCACGACGAGGAUGCAAACUUGCCACCGUACAUCAAGAAGUACAAUCGACGGAAUAAACAGUUACUGAAUUUGCUAGAAGGCACUCUAGCGCCACCGACUCGACCCCCACCCGCUAUCAUGCGCAGCUGGUCGAGUUCAUUGUUGCAGCCGGGACCACAUGCGAGCAGUCGGAGCGCUGGCGGCGGUGGCCGCAAUGGUGUGGGUCGAGUACGCAUCGAUGACGAUUACCUAAAAGAGAAACGCAAACGUUAUCACAAUCGUGAUAUCAGCAGCACGAGCACCAGCAGUGUAAGCGGUAGCAACACCAAUAACCGAAAAGAGGACUUAGAUCAUUAUCAAGAUUUAUUUGCCCAGCAACGACCUCCAUCAACGACAACUACAGAGAUACCAGACACACCAGCAGGUGGGUCGGCUAAUAAAGAAGCCAGCUCUGCAACGAAAAAGGUGCAGAAUACGGCAAACAUUCGCAGUACUGUUGAGAAGGCAGCGCAAUCAACUAACCAGCUGCCAGACGAGGAUGUUAGCAUUUCGACAGACACAGAUGCAGAUGCAGACACAGAUACAGACAUCGAUGCUUAUGCUGCCGAUGAUGCCGACGUUGACAUUUGGCCAAAGGAAAUCGAAAAUAAAUCGAAUGCAAACGAAUUGACAGGAAGCGCGCAAAUGACAUGGCAAAUCGAAAAAUUAACAACACCCAAACCAAUGCAACACUUGCCUAUAACGCCGAGCACACCAAAGCCAGCUAUUUAUCGUUUGCCCUCAUAUCCUGCUAUUGCUGGCAGUUUUAUUGGAAAGCCACGCAGUCGUAGCGCACAAUUUGCGCCAAGCGGCGGCAGUCGUGGCAAACUUGCUUUUGUGGCGGCAGCGGGCGAUGACCUUCAUAGUAAUCGUUGGAGCAAUAUUUAUGGCAGAGGUGGUGGAAUAAUUGGCAAUUACGGUGGUGGAGGAGACAGCAAUGGUCUCGGCCUUGGUCUUGGCAUUGGCGGCAAUCAUCACAAAUCAUUGUCCCGCUUCAGCGCUUACAAACCGAACGCGCAUAAAGCACUAACAGCUACAGCCGCCUUAACCGCGACGAGCACUACGGCGCCAACAUUUUUGUGGCAUGCGGCAGGUGCCGAUAUGGAUGGUAAGAGCUUGACGACCGCAGCAACAGCGAUUACGGUGACGCCGAGUGGGGGCAGUAGUAGCGACGAUGGAGAUGGUGCACAGGGUGCAGAGGGUGGUGUACCGAACGGCGGAGUGGGUCGCACAAUCAGCUCCUUCGUUUAUCAUCGGGUAAUUGAUGCGUCACCGCGUCUGGUGGGUACCGGCGCCACGGGACGCAAGCAACGAUUGCCAUUUGUGGCUAUCACCGAUCGCCGGCUGGAGACCACAAAGAAGGCGCUGCUGGAGCGACAGAAAGAUUUCGAACAGAAUCACUACCCAAUGCCUUAAAUUCACUGCACUACAAUGACUGUUGCAGCGAACGUGAACGCGACGUAGACGGAGACGGAGACGGUGACAGAUGGACAAAGAAACAGAAAGACAGCGAUAACCAGGACGAGCACUAACACUUGUGCGAGGACAGAAACGCAAGCGAAAAUUUGACACAGACAGUGAUGCAAAUAGA